CUGAUUUUCCUUACCUUUGCUUUGUUGGUUUUCAGUUGAGAGAUCAUUUAGAAAAUAUUACUGAUACCACUAGUGGAGAAAGUGUUGUGGGAGUGAUUGAUCCAAGGGACAUAAAGAUAGGCAGCAGGAAGUAUUACAGAUACCUUGGAUCUCUUACAACUCCUCCUUGUACUGAAAAUGUUGUGUGGACCAUUGUUAGAAAGGUCAGGACUGUGACAAGGGAGCAAGUUAAGCUACUACGUGUUGCAGUUCAUGAUGAUUCAAAUUCUAAUGCAAGACCACUACAACCAAUAAAUUGGCGAACGGUGCAACUCUAUAGACCAAAUGAAAAGGAAGAGAACUAGAACCUAUGAGCUUUUGCAGCUUCGGAUUUCAUAUAUAAUUCCCUUCUUGUGGCAUCUUUGAGAGAGUGCUCGUACUUUAUUCUUGCAUUGAUUCUUCAAGGAUAUAUUCAAGCCAUUGUUUGUUAUUUUGAUAUAUUAAUUGAUUCUUCGAUAAAGGAACAAAUUCAUA